GCUCCUGCCCGGGGGAGGCCGGAGGUGGAGAGUCCGGCAGCGCAGCGCAGGGCAGGGCAGCGCAGGGCAGGGCACCACGGCUCCUGCCCGGGGGAGGCCGGAGGUGGAGAGUCCGGCAGCGCAGGGCAGCGCAGGGCACCGCGGCUCCUGCCCGGGGGAGGCCGGAGGUGGAGAGUCCGGCAGGGCAGCGCAGGGCACCGCGGCUCCUGCCCGGGGGAGGCCGGGUCAGGCGGGGAGGGGACAGCGCUGCCCCCGGGCGCUCUGAAAGGUGGAGACCCGAUGCUGGGGCGUCAAGGGCUGCUAGAGCAAGAGCCUUGCGGCCGCCCGCUUCUUUCCCCGGCGCGCCCGGGCGGCUCGCUCUGGCGGUGGCUCUUUGAAGCUUGUGGCGACUGAGCUGCUGACUCGCGGCUUAAGUACCCUCGGCGCCCCCGGGGGAGAUGACGCACCAUGGCACCGCAGCCGGGCCCCUCUCUCCCAUGCAUGUAUUGGCCCUGCUUUUGGGGGAAGGACCCUAACUCUUGCUGCGGAGCAGCACUCACCCGAGUGGCAGGGCAAGAGCGGGUGCUUCUGAUGUGGGUGUUUCCAUUUAUUAAGAGGGGCGGGGGGCUUCCAAGAAAGAAAGAUUGGGCCCCUCUCCCCCACCCUUCCUGAGAGAGGCGAUGGAGAGAGAGAGAGAGAGAGUUUAUUUUUUCUUCCGAAGAGACCCCUGUGCGGCGGGGCUGGGGAGGGGGACAGGCGGAGCUGGUAACAAACUGGAAACGCUCGAGCAGGUAACGGUAAAGUUCCUCCACAUAGUCCCCCCCAGCGCUGGGCACAUUAGCAUGCAGUGUCAGGACUGGUGUGUAUUCAAUGACUCCAUUUGCUGGUGUCUCUCUGUUAGCUCACACCGCCUCUCUCCAGCAUCUUGCUUUACAGCCUGCUUCUCUGGGUCUCAGAGAGGGAGGGAGGGAGGGGAACUCCAGGCUCAGUCCAUCAUCCCUGCUACAUCCAAGAGAGCGGAUUCUUCAGCAUCUGGGUACCAUUUCCAGCUUGACCAGACAGCAAGAGCAAAGCUGGAGUUGAAGGACAAGCAAAAGAAAGAGACCCCCCCCCGCCCCACAGAAAUAAGCUUGGGGGAGAGGGAGGGAGACAGAGACUCACUCAACCUCAGCAAUAACAAGGGAGACGCUGUUUAGUCGUUUCUAUCUACUUCCCCAGGGCUGAUUAUACUUUCUGAUUACUCCUGCCUGCAUUUAGAGAGAGAUUUGAGAGGCAGACAGCACAAUUCACCCUUUAUCCUGAGGAUUGGUUUCCCAACGCCCCCUAGAUCUAGCCCUGCAUUUUGGGGAUGAGAGUUUCUUCCCUUGCAAGAUGGAAUUGAUCUGACUCCAGACUCCUUUUAGAAGCAGAAGAAUAGUCUUCUCCCACACCGAGGCCUGGAGCCAUCAUGGCGGCGGGCGUAGCAGCAUGGUUGCCCUUUGCCAGGGCAGCUGCCAUAGGAUGGAUGCCAGUGGCCAACUGCCCUAUGCCAUUGGCCCCAACUGAGAAAAACAAGAGGCAGGAUGAGCUGAUCAUUCUGAACGUGAGUGGGAGGCGCUUCCAGACCUGGAGGACUACACUGGAGAGGUAUCCGGACACACUCCUGGGCAGCACUGAGAAAGAGUUCUUCUUCAAUGAAGACACCAAGGAAUACUUUUUCGACCGGGAUCCUGAAGUCUUUAGGUGCAUCUUAAACUUUUACAGAACUGGCAAGCUGCAUUACCCAAGGUACGAGUGCAUUUCUGCCUAUGACGAGGAGCUUGCCUUCUAUGGGAUCCUACCUGAAAUCAUUGGGGACUGCUGCUAUGAAGAGUACAAAGACAGGAAGCGGGAAAAUGUUGAGCGGCUGAUGGAUGACAAUGACUCAGAGAACAACCAAGAAGGUUCCAUGCCAUCUUUGAACCUCCGGCAGACCAUGUGGCGAGCCUUUGAGAACCCCCACACCAGCACCUUAGCCUUAGUGUUCUACUAUGUCACUGGCUUCUUUAUUGCCGUCUCAGUGAUCACUAACGUGGUGGAAACCGUUCCAUGUGGCACAGUGCCUGGGAACAAGGAGCUUCCAUGUGGGGAGAGGUACGCCGUGGCUUUCUUCUGCUUGGACACAGCUUGCGUUAUGAUUUUCACUGUUGAGUACCUUAUGAGGCUCUUUGCAGCCCCGAGUCGCUACAGGUUCAUGAGGAGCGUCAUGAGCAUCAUCGAUGUGGUGGCCAUCAUGCCCUAUUACAUUGGCUUGGUGAUGACUAACAACGAGGAUGUCAGCGGAGCCUUUGUGACAUUAAGGGUUUUCAGGGUUUUCAGGAUUUUCAAGUUCUCCCGCCAUUCCCAAGGCUUAAGAAUCCUGGGCUACACUCUGAAGAGCUGUGCCUCGGAGCUUGGCUUUCUUCUCUUUUCCCUCACUAUGGCAAUCAUCAUCUUUGCUACUGUGAUGUUUUAUGCAGAGAAAGGGUCUUCGGCCAGCAAAUUCACCAGCAUACCAGCUUCUUUUUGGUACACUAUUGUAACCAUGACAACCCUUGGUUAUGGUGACAUGGUGCCCAAGACGAUUGCUGGAAAGAUAUUUGGCUCCAUUUGCUCGCUGAGCGGAGUGCUGGUCAUUGCUCUGCCUGUCCCAGUUAUUGUUUCCAAUUUCAGCCGAAUUUAUCAUCAGAAUCAGAGAGCUGACAAGCGAAGAGCACAAAAGAAAGCCCGGCUUGCACGGAUACGAGUGGCCAAAACAGGAAGUUCCAGCGCUUAUCUUCACAGCAAACGCAAUGGCCUGCUGAACGCAGCCUUGGAGCUGACGGGAUCUAGUGAUGAUGAGCAGCACAUCAGCAAAUCCACCUCGCUGAUCGAAAGCCAACAUCACCACCUGCUGCACUGCCUGGAAAAAACAACUGGAUUGUCCUAUCUUGUGGAUGAUCCCCUGUUAUCUGUACGAACUUCCACCAUCAAGAACCAUGAGUUCAUAGAUGAGCAGCUGUUUGAGCAGAACUGCAUGGAUAACUCAAUGCAGAAUUACCCUUCCACUCGCAGCCCCUCAUUGUCAAGUAACAAUGGUGGGUCCACCUCCUGCUGUUCUCGACGCAACAAGAAGACGACUCAUCUUCCGAACUCCAACGUGCCAGCCACUCGCCUGCGGAGCAUGCAGGAGCUAAGCACGAUACACAUCCAGUGCAGCGAACAGCCAUCACUUACAACAAGUCGUUCCAGUCUCAAUAUGAAAUCAGAUGACGGGCUGAGACCGAACUGCAAAACCUCCCACCUCACGACAGCCAUCAUCAGUAUUCCUACCCCACCGGCACUGACGCCAGAAGGAGAGAGCAGGCCCUCACCGAGCAGCCCUCAACCCACUACGAACAUUUCCACCACAAGCAGCAACAUAGUCAAGGUCUCUGCCUUGUAAGGUGUCAUUUGAAGGAAGCAGCUGGAAUGCCGGUGUCCCGCCCCCUCCACACCUUCAUGUUCCUUUCUUGCUGCAAAUUGUGCCUGGAUGGACCAACCUGACAUUUCGUCAUAGAAUUAGCAAUGGAGACCUAACGAGGCAGCUUUCUUCAAACUCGCAUUCAUGCCAUGGACUGAGAGAACAGAUGAGGAGAGGGAGGAAGAGGUGGGUUGAAGAAAGGGUCUGUGUGUGCACGCGCCUGCGGAGAGCCUUGUUUCAGGAUAUGACGCAGAAAAUUGUUUCCAGAGGCUAGAGAAAAAGAACCGGCAUGGCAACAAGAAAGUCAAUAAAGAAACAAAUAUAACACUGUGUAUCUCGGCACCUUUUUAAAGGUUUUUAAUGGAUAAUAUUUAUUCAUGAGGAAAUGACUGAAAAAGGUGAAAAAAAUGGAUUUUGUGAUUUUUUUUUUUUCCUUCAUGGAGCAGAAUCUUUAAUCAACCAAAAUUACACAUUUUUUUUUCUUUUAUAGAGAAAGAUUUAGACAAAGAAGACAGCUGUCACAGAAAUCUAUUUCCGUUCCUGUGUGUGUGUGUGUGUGUGUGCGCGUGCGUGAAAAAGAACCAUAUCGAAAUGACACACAAAGGUCUGAGCACAUUUUCCUGAUUUGGUGCACAGUAUCAAACUGAUUGCACAAGCACAGUGGCACACGUGCACGCACACACCCCCCCCACACAAAUAAAUCUUUCACCCUGGAAGGCAUUCUUUAUUUAGAUGAUUUUGUAACCGCCUUUUAAGUCAAUACAGUGCAACUGCAAACAGUGUGUUUGUCUGCUAAUUAUUGUCUGUGAAAACAUAUUUGUGGAAAAAAAAAAAAAGACAGGCUUUUGUAAAGUGUUAGUCCCACAUGGAUUUCUGCUUUCUAUUUUUGUUAUCACUUACUUGUGAAGAGUGUGACUAGACUACCAGUUCUGUAUUUUUAAAAGGAAAAACAUUAAAAAUGUAGGAAAACUUCUUAAAAACCUGUGCACACUAAUGGCAAAGAAUGUGGAAGCACCCAACCCAACUGCACCAGAUCAUCAGAAAUAGGAUAGAAUGUACCUGUCAUCUAUGCCAAUGCUUUUUUAUUUUUAUAUAUGCUAAUAUUGGACAUGCAACCCAUUGUAAAUCACAGCCAAGUAGCGUCUGGAUCUACACUAGAUCCAAGUAAACCCGGAGCCAACCAUUCAGCAUGGACUGAGAGGGUGUUUGGCUUUUUAACACAGUCCUGGGGCUCCUAUUGGCCGACUGAUGGUGUCUGGGUUGCACUGAUGUGGUAGGUAAACCAGUUUAGCAACUUUAGUCCUCCCUUCCCAGCACAGGAGCUACAGUGUUUGUGCAGUUGAGCAGGGGGAGGGAUACAGGGGUUUUGAAUACCCGGGAUAUGGUGUGGAACAGACACCACUUUACUUUGCAGCUCUAUUCUUCAUCUGGGAAAAGUCACACACUUCCAGUCAACCAAAAACUGUAACUCUGUGUGGUACUUGCCAAGCUUAAUACUUCUGACUAGUUCUAUGGUGAAUACUGACUGUUCUCCCUAAGAUCUUUCCAGUAACAAUAUGGUCUUGAAAUACAAGGACCUGACAGUUUCAUUUAUAUAUGGCCUUUCUCCAUUUGGAAAAAUAAGUGGGAAAUAAUUGCUUAUUCUCCUGCUACACAUUCCUCAGACCACCUUUUUGUUAUGGGUGCAAUUCGUUAGCCACAGCACAUACUGAUCCAACAUAGUACAUGCCAUCCACAGACACAUACAGUAUAAUGUAGUAUUAAUUAUCACAUCCAAAUGCCUCAAUCAGGCUCAGAGCCAUGUUGUGAGGUGCUGAACAUACACAGACACAUAGAACAUACAGACAUAGACACAAACCCUGCCCCAAAAUUGCUUACAGUCCAAUAGAUAGCAAGGAGCCAUUGCACGCUUCCCUUCUCUCAACAGUAAAUAGUAACUUCACUAACACAGCACUAUCUGCCACACCACUCAAAGCAUACCCCUGGGUGAUCCAACAAAAGGAUGGGGGGUUUUGCCUCUCAAAAUGCACACUGAUGUUAUAGGACUUAAAAUUAUGCACUAUCAACCCACCUUGUCAACAUUCCUAACUUAUUACUGGGUAUCAUGUGGACUCAGAUAGCUGUUGUGAUAACCCAGUAACCUACUGAGAAACUUAUCCCAUUCUAGGAAUGAUAAAGCUAGAGCUAAACAUUCAGUUAUGUCAUAAACUGAUGCCCCUUUGCUCCAGGGCUGGAUAGCCCCCUGUAGCACAUUCUCCAGCACUAUGUCCAGUCUGUUUUAAAUCACUCAGGUGCUGUGGUUCCUUUGCUACUUUCCUCAGGCGGUUAUUCUGUAGUUUACCAUUAGCAAUUUUUCUUGGCGCUUAACUUAAUUGUUCCUUUGCUUCAUUUAGUCCCCUUACGCCUGACCAUACCCCUGCCCUAUUGAACAUCUUCAGGCCUAAACAAAGCCUGAUUCUCCAUUGCCUUGCACCUUAUGCCCUCAUUUACAUCUGUGCAAAGUAAGGCUAAAAUGCUACCAUGCUGGCUGGGAAUGUAUUACUCCCACUGUGCGCUCAAUUUGCAUGGGUUUAAAUGACCAGCUACAGGGUGACAAAGAGCCAGGUCCUCGCCUUGUAGUCUCAGCUCUGCCCUUCUCUUCCCUUGGAGUCUUAAACAAGUCACUUCGUCUCUCUGUGCCUCAGUUUCCCCAUCUAUUAAAUGGAGAGAAUGACACCCACCCAUGGAAAGCACUUUGUGUACAGUGUAUUAUUAUUAAUCAAAGUAUUUCCUGAACAUUCACAAUUUGUCAGGGACAUAAAGAAAAACAGGAAAAACAGUGCUUGGGGUUCCUCUCUCUAGCUGUUUGGGCUCAGGCUGCCAGGGUAGCCCAGCCCUUUGCUACGUUCUGCAUAGGCAAAAUUAUUUUUCUGCUUAAUCAAAAGCAUGCAGCAUAACAUUUCUAUCAUUACUUUAGCAAGUGCUGCCACACACAAUCACUGGCUUGGCAAAGAUCCUUGUGAAUAGAAAGGGGGGUGGGGAGAAUCACAAAGGGUUGAUUUCAAUAGUUUAAGACAAAAAUAACAUUUAUAAUGGAGGCAUUAGCCCAUUUCAAUGCUCAUCUGAACAGGAUUGGGGCAAAUCUGCCCACCUGUAAAUAACUGUGUACAGAACUCCCUGGGUUACACAGUGCAACGACAGCCUUGUAGUGAAAGCACUUUGCAGUCACUGAAAUAGCACAGAUCAGAAUGAAUCCACAUGAUAUGUAUUAUAUCGUACUGUACAUAUAAGCAUAAUUCAAAUGCUUUACUGAUAAACACAGAGCUGCAGAAAGAGCUCUGUGUUUCUGCAGGAGGAAGGGAGAGCAUUUGUUUUGAUAAGCACAGGAAUUGCUUGGCAGUCAUGCACUCCCAGGGUAAUGAGAGGGAACUGACUUGAUUAGCUUAUGUGAAUGUACAAAACAUUACUGGAGAUAGGGCCAAACCAAACCCCAGGUUUUGAGCACUCUCAGACAUAGGUUAGUUUAGAUCUGGCCUGGGAUCCAAACUCUAGAGCUUGGGCCCUUCUCGCCCUUACUCACCUUGUUCUGUCCUCUAACCAUUCCUCUUUCCAUUCCCCACCUUCAUGCGUAGAGAAGUUAUAGCUACAUAAACCGGCAAUUGCCUGCACCAACACCCCAUUUACCUGAGGCACAUGGAAUGCAGUUUCUUCAGGGGUGGUUCUGCAUGACAAUACAUACAGUAGGAGAGGGAAUGUAGAACUGUACCGAUUAUGUUCCUGAAGGGCAGCUGGAAAGAGCAAUCCGACGAGUAAAUCCAAUCAAAAAAAUGCCAAACUGUUUUUCCCUCAUUUUUUUUCCUACUUUUUUUCCAGAAUUUCUUGUGAAUUUUUUUGUUUUCUCCUUAAAAAAAAAAAAAAUUUGAUCAUUUAUAUAGGGAAAAAAUCAUGUUUUCAUUUUUUUUUUAAAUCAGCAAAUGUCAAAGGAAACAAUUUUCUUUGAAAAUUUUUGUUUCCUUUGAAAUGCCAUUUUGUAGAAAAAAGUCUCAAAUUUUCACCCAACUUUACUGAUGAGUCUAUUUUCUUCUCAGCUGGCAUUGGGUUGCUGCUUAUAGCAGAACUGCACACGCUCUAGGAGCAAACACACCCAUUGCAAAUGACUGGUACAUUCCCCUGCCCCAAACUUUGAAAUCAAGCUACUUGCUUUGAAACCCUUCUCGCCUAUCUUUGUUUUCUAAGAACUUCCAAGUCACUCAAAGAAACUACCACAAAACUUAAACCACUGUACAGAAAUUAAAAAUGGAAGAGACCAUUUAGUCCAGCCCUUGCCAACACACAAUUCUUCCCUAUAAAAUAUUUCCCAGUGCUUUUUCCUAGACUAGAUAUAAAUCUCCCCAGGGACAGGGCUCCCACUGCUUCACUUAAGAAAUUAUUUCAGCCUAAUAGAUCUCAAUGUCAGUGAGUUUUCGCCUGAUACAAAGCCAUAAUUUUCCCUCCCUUAUUUUUCAUUCCAUUACUCUUGAUUAUUUCCCCUUGCACUUGCUAAAUAGUCCCUCCCCCCUCCUUGAAUGUUAGCUGUGCACAAACAACUGAUGAAUAUAAAGUCUUGUCUUUGGCCAGCAAAUUCUAAUGCAGGAGGCUGCUUUUGGGUGCCAAAGGAUUCAUAUUUUAAAGGUAAAUUGGGGGGGGGGGGGGAAAUCAUAAAAUAAAUAAGCUUGCAAUUCUAAAUUUUUAACAGAAGCAGCUUACCCACUGAAAAACUGAAUUGCUAUUUUUAACACUGGGAAAUCACUUUAUUUUUUAUGGUGUUCAGAGCUGCCAAAACCUAAUUUUAAAGUUGCAGGUUUUCCCUGAAAUAGCUGAUGCCACCGUAGCAUUAGGAGCCAGCUCUCAGGGCUCUGAUUUAUGUAACUGGAGGGGAGGGGGGAAGAGGAGCUCUACCAAGAGCUCAGAUUUUGUUGGCUCAGUAGAGGAGGAGGUGCUUUUUCAAGUAUUUUAGAAGUAAAUCCAUUUGUAAUCAUGUUGUCUGUUACACAUGUUCUAAUGCAGAUUGGGGAUCUUAAAAAUCAUCUUUAACUGAUGGUUUGCAGUGUUCCCUGUAAGAGAGAGAUUAAGACGGGGCAAUGCUGGACUAUGGUGGAGUUACAAAUCAGCAUGAAGUGGCGCAAGAGCAACAGCGGUUUUGAAUAAAAAGCCUUAUUUGCUAGGUUUAAAGCUUGAUUGAAUAAUAUUUGCAACUAUUUUUUUUCUACAUCAAUUGUAUUUGUGGAUAAUUAGUAAUUAUUCUUCCACACUGGAAAGCUCUGUAGCUGAUUAAAUAUUUUAAAUUAUCUGGCAAAUUUGUGAUUGUUUUCCGAGACAUUUUGGUCAACUGCACUGAAUGGUGUGACUUCAUAACUGAGGUUACAGGGCUAACAAUUAAUGAUGCCAUAAAUGGUUUAACUUCCUUUCUCAUUAGGAUUUCCUUCUAGAUCCUUAAGAUUAAUAAUGAGAUGCAAUGUGGUUUAAUGAUUAAAAUUGGGAUUUAGGAUCAGGAUGCCUAUAUUCUAUUCCUGACUCUCUUUCUGAAUCACCGUGUGACCUCAAUCAAGUCACUUUGCCUCUCUAUGCCUCAGUUUACCCAUCUGUGAAAUAGGGAUGAUAAUACUUUCCUGUCUCACAGUGGUGUUGUGAAGUUUAAUAAAUGUUUGCAAAGUGCUUUAGAGAUCCUCCAAUGACAGGGACUAGAGGAGGGAAAAGAUUUUUUAUUUAUAUUUGGGAUACAAGACUGUGCCAGAAAGAUUUCAUGUUGAUCAGUCAACCACACCACACAAAGAUGUUUGUGAAAAAUUCCUGCUGUAGUCUUAUUUUCAGCCAAUAGUUUGUUAUUUUUGUAUGUAUGUGUUAUGUGUUUCUUCUCCUUAAGUUUUGAACUGGCACUAGUCAUAGCAGGUCAUAUAGCUGUUUGGAUGAGAAGUUAAUAACCAUACAAUGCUCUUCUCAGUUCUCUGUCGCAACCAUAACUGGAGUUCCAGCUGGUAUCUUGGACCAAUGAAAUAUUUUACAAAAAACACGUGUGAUGGUAUAUUUUUGAUAAUCAGUGAGACAUUCCAAUGCAAUGGUGUUUUCUUUAAAGGUUUUAUGUUAUGAGAAACGCUCGCCCUUAUUAUUUUCUAUUUUCGUACUAUAAAUGGGCUUUGCUUACAAGCAUCACAAAUGACAGACAAAGUGUACUGUACAAAACGGCAGGUAGAUUCAUUUGAGAACACCCUUCUAAAGAACUCUACGUUUCUGUUGUCUUCUUUUUGACUUGUAGUGCAUAUGUUGAAACUUGUAUAUCAUUUACAGUAUUGAGUCUUGUGCCACUGCUGUACCUGAUGUAUCCAACCUGGAUUAAACAGAGUAUAUGCCACAAA